CGCGCGCGCGCACACGAGGGGUCCGGCGCUGGCACGUUGGAGCGUUUAGCUGUCCCUUCCCCCCGCCCCCGCCUUUUCCCCCCCGGCUGCGGAGCCGGCAGCACCGGCGGCGGCAGCAGCAGCAGCAGCAGCCAUGGCCGAGACGGAGGAGCGGAGCCUCGACAACUUCUUUGCCAAGAGGGACAAGAAGAAGAAGAAGGAGCGCAGCAACCGGGCGGCCGCCGCGGGCCCCGCCGGGGGAGCCGGAGCCGGCCCCGCCGCGACGGCCCCCGGGGGGACGGCGGGAGCCCGGCCGGCCGAAGGGGGAGCCGCGCCCGCCGGACCCGCAGGACCCGCCGUCGCCGUCCCCAACAGGCCCGUGAGUAAGGACGAAGACGAAUGGAAAGAGUUUGAGCAGAAAGAAAUCGAUUACAGUGGGCUCAGAGUUCAGGCCAUGCAGAUAAGCGAAAAGGAAGAUGAAGAAAAUGAGAAGAGAGAAGAACCAGGUGAUAAUUGGGAAGAGGCAGGUGGCGGUGGCGUAGAAAAAGCAUCUGGGCCCUGGAAUAAGACUGCUCCAGCACAAGCACCUGCUGCUCCAGUUAUCGUUACAGAAGCUCCGGAACCAGUGCCGACGGGCGGCGUAUAUAGGCCUCCUGGUGCGAGGGUGACCACGACGAGGAAAACACCGCAAGGACCACCAGAAAUAUACAGCGAUACACAGUUCCCAUCACUGCAAUCCACUGCCAAGCAUGUAGAAAGCCGAAAGGAUAAAGAAAUGGAGAAGAGCUUUGAAGUAGUAAAAGACAAAAAUAGAGGUAGGGGUGAGGUUUCCAAAAACCAGGCCCUUAAACUUCAGCUAGACAACCAGUAUGCUGUGCUUGGGGAUCAGUAGACCUGCAGGGACAGUACAAUUGAGGAAUGGUUUUUGAUAACCCUCCUAAAGUAAACUACAGAUAACGUGAACAACAACGCGUCUUCUGAUCUCUGCCGGAUCUCCUGCAACCGAGUGCAGACGGCCUGACCUAAAGGGAUCGGCCGUCCCGCGCUGUGGAAGCUUGUUAUGUUACGGCUGCCUUUUACCUACAUCGGGUGCGGUGUGUGUUGUGGGGAAAAUCUCUGUUACAAACGCUUGAACCAGUUUCAUCAGUGUUCUCUUGAUAAUUACUCUGGGAAAAAAAAGAAACCUGCAGUCAGUGGUCAUUUCAAAAUCUUUUUAUGUUCAGAUACUGAGCCUUCGUAAGGGUUGACUACCUCAGACUUGCUGCACUCAUUGUGGACACCAUGUGGAUCACAACUUCUGGAUAAGAAGGUUACAGCUAUUAAGUGGCGAUGUGAAACUUGAAACCAGCUCUACUGGAUUCCUUUCAGAAAUCCUGCAAAAGUCAGCCAUUUGGGUUCUGAUCUGCUAUAAAUGACAAAGAUUUAAGUGACCUUAAUUAACCUGUCCUGUGCCCCAUCCUUGAGAAAUACUUUCUAUUGUAGGCUAUGGCUAGAUACGAUUCCCUGGAGCACAUUUCAAAAGAAUGCAAUUCUGUUGA